AUGAGACACCCGCCCCCGAUCGUCACACUGGAAGAAAUCCGAAGCGCAAACGACCUAUGUCCUCGUACUAUGGGAGGCUGCAAACUCUUAGAGAUCAACGCAUCAACUAUAUUGAAAGUCGGGCCUACGGUUCAGAUGGGAGAAGCGGAGGCCCUCAGUCUUCUAAGGAAAAGAACAUCAGUCCCUGUCCCUGAACUCUUCAAUGCUUACACAAUCGCCGAUAUCGGAUUCAUUUUGAUGUCCAAAGUCCCAGGUGUCCCUUUGGAGAAGUGCUGGAAAGGUUUGACUCGGGAUACCAAGCGAUCUAUUGUCGGACAGCUCAAAGGCUUUAUUCAGGAAUGGCGCCAGAUUGAAGGGCCGCUCUUCGGAUCUAUUGAUGGUGGCUCAUGCGAAGAUAUCCUCUUCCAGCAUGCAUGGGAUGCGGUACCCCGUCGCUAUGGCCCUUUCUUAACAAGAAAGGAAUUCAAUCAAGGGGUGGUAGAGGCUCUUCGCUACUCUAGACCCAAUGCGCAGCUCACGAAGAGAGAUGAGCCUCUGGUUGAGGGAAUUCUUGCAUCAGGUGGCCAAGAUGAAGGAAAGGUGCUCACUCAUGGUGAUUUGCACCAAAGUAAUAUUAUGGUGGACGGUAAUGUCGUGACCGGGAUCAUAGACUGGGGCGCAGCUGGCUAUAGUAUAUCGGCAAGAGAGUACUUUUGCCUACGGUGGCAAGCGUUGGACCUAGAAUGGAGGGAUCUUGUAUCAGAUAUGCUCCAGUUCGAUGGCAACGAAUAUGAGCUUUUGGCUGAAGUUAAUCAAUCCAUGGUGGAUUAUACUGGGAUUUGA